GCUUCCGUUGGGAAUAGGGACCAGCAGCUUGUGACUGACUCGAGCAGGGUCUCUGACGGCGGCCGCUGCUCCUUCCCUCCGAGGCUUUUGCGGGACCACCACCAUGGCAACCUCUCCUCAGAAGUCGCCUUCUUCGCCUAAGUCUCCAACCCCCAAGUCGCCUCCUUCCCGGAAGAAAGACGACUCCUUCUUGGGCAAACUUGGGGGCACUCUGGCCAGGAGGAAAAAAGCGAAAGAAGUGUCUGAACUACAAGAAGAAGGAAUAAAUGCCAUUAACUUACCACUCAGUCCAAUUCCUUUUGAACUAGAUCCUGAAGAUACUAUGCUAGAGGAAAAUGAAGUCCGAACAAUGAUUGAUCCCAAUUCAAGGAGUGACCCCAAACUACAAGAACUAAUGAAGGUGCUAAUUGACUGGAUCAACGAUGUGUUAGUAGGAGAAAGAAUCAUUGUAAAAGACCUGGCUGAAGACUUGUAUGACGGACAAGUACUGCAGAAACUCUUUGAGAAGCUUGAGAGUGAGAAACUCAAUGUUGCUGAAGUCACACAGUCUGAAAUAGCUCAGAAACAGAAGCUACAGACAGUACUUGAAAAGAUCAAUGAAACCCUUAAACUUCCUCCAAGGAGCAUCAAAUGGAAUGUUGACUCUGUCCAUGCCAAAAGUCUCGUUGCAAUACUCCACCUUUUGGUUGCGUUAUCACAGUACUUUCGGGCCCCAAUCAGGCUGCCGGAUCAUGUGUCUAUUCAAGUUGUGGUUGUCCAGAAGCGUGAAGGAAUCCUCCAGUCCCGACAAAUCCAAGAGGAAAUCACUGGUAACACUGAGGCAUUGUCAGGACGACAUGAACGGGAUGCAUUUGACACACUGUUUGACCAUGCUCCGGACAAACUUAAUGUUGUAAAAAAGACCCUCAUAACUUUUGUGAAUAAACACCUGAAUAAGUUAAAUUUGGAAGUUACGGAACUAGAAACCCAGUUUGCAGAUGGUGUGUACCUGGUGCUUCUGAUGGGUCUUCUUGAAGGUUAUUUUGUGCCUCUUCACAGCUUUUUCUUGACUCCUGAUAGUUUUGAGCAGAAGGUACUCAAUGUAUCCUUUGCAUUUGAGCUAAUGCAAGAUGGAGGGCUGGAAAAACCCAAACCACGGCCAGAAGACAUUGUAAACUGUGACUUAAAGUCAACCCUGAGAGUGCUGUACAACCUGUUCACCAAAUACAGAAACGUAGAAUGAAGAAUGGCAAAGAGAUGCCGCAGGUGGCCAUUAACGAACCAACCAAAGAGCCACUCUUUUCUUUGCAGUUCUUCUUCUUAUUAUUUCCUUUCUUUUCCCCCCACUUUGCUUCCUUCAUAUCAGAUGGCAUAAUUCUCAGAAUAUUCUUGCUAUGUUUGUUUUGAUAGGAUGCUUUAAAAUGAGGAAUGUUUUAAAUCGGAAUGUUUAUAAAAUGCAAAUUAGUUGGAAGGUACAGAUUUCUGCGAAGGGACUCCAUGUUGCUAUAUUAUCCCUUUGUUUGAACUAUCUCUUAAUUUAUUGGAUAACAAGCAACACAGACAAAUGCUGAUCCUCAACCAGCUUAAGAAAAACAAGUGACUUGAAUAAAACUGACAGCCUGCUCCUAUGAGCUGUGCCGAGGCAACGACCGAGAAGUUCAUACGCACAGGUCUUUGCACUGCUGCGCUGGAAAAUGUUGUCUCCUUAUGCAGGACCCACUCCCAGCCAGAGUGCUGUUGUCUCUGGCAUUCUUUCCCUUUCUAUGUGACUUGGCUGUGGCACACAAAAGAUUUGCUCAGGCUGGGAAGAUGGUGGACCAUUCACUCAAUGCUUUGGGCUCUUCAUCAGUAUUGACCUGGAACAACAGCACAAUGCUGUACUUCUUUCCCCAUAUAUUAAGGGGAGUUGGUGACAGUAGGGAGCCAUUUUAAUGAUCAUGGUGCAACAGGUUUAGCAGCUAAGUUGGUCCAUAAAAUCACCUAAACUGAAUUACUUCCAUUUAAAUAACUUGUGGAUUGGGCUGCAGAAUAAUUACUAUGUCUCCGUGUAUUAAAUAUUUAUUUCAGAUAAGGGAUCCACUGUGUUCAUAAUAAGAGAUAGGAGUGCUAUUGCAAACAUCAUGGAAAUAUAUAUGGAGAGAGAACAUAAGUGGCUUUUUGCAGAUUUGAGCUUUAAACGGUCUUCAGAAUAGGCUUAUAAGGAGCCAGGUUUAUGUUCUCUGUGCACACAUUCCUCAUAAACUUCCAUUCCUUAAAAAUCUCUAAAUCAUAAAGUUCUCUAUUAAAUAUAUGUUACAGUGCAUUUAGACUAGCACACCUUAUAUUAUCUUUUUUAAUAGGAAACUUUUGCUUAGUUGCAAAAGCUAUGGUACGAAAUAUGUACAUAAUUUCAAAAUUGCAACUGUUUUACAAUAAAUCCUAGAAUAUAUUCAUUGCCAGGGCGUUGAAAGGAAAUAGAAAUGAGCUUUAUUUACUUAAUUGAAUUGAAACAUAAAAUAAUGUAAAUAAUGUAACUGAUAUCAGUAAGACACAGGAGGUUUAUAGCAAGAAACAAAGGCAGAUAUUGUUGAAAGAGAUAAAGUAUUCUUGUGUACUCUGAUUUCUGGAGAUCUAAAAUGAAUGAAAUAUGUUGAUCAGUUACUGGAAAUCAGGUUAUGGUAUAUUGUUGAUCAACAGAAUUUGGCAAAGUCUAUAUACAGAGACUGAACUUUCAUAAUAUAAUGCAUUGUAGUUCAAUUUAUUCCACUUUUACUUUACACUGAAAUUUUAGUAAGAGCAGCUUGCUUCUUUGGUGGCACAAUGCUAUGCAUGUUUAGCAAGAGAAAAAUCCCUACAACUCCUGGCAUCCCCCAGUUAGCAUGAAUGAAUGAAUGAAUGAAUGAUAAUGAACAUGCAUAGGAUUGAACCCUUAAUCAUUAUCCCAAAAAUUAUCAAACCUAAAUGUAAAAUAACACCUCUUUCCUAUUUUAUACAUUGAGGUGCUGGUUUUAAAUAUUCCUUGUUUCUAUAGGGGGCUGAUCUGGCUUCUUUAGAUUAUUUUUAUGAGAUUUGUUUUUGUAAUGCAAGUAAACAGGUUCAUAUUGUAUUAGAACAUAUCUGGGCUAGUGACAUUUGGAAGGUCCUACAUUGCCAUUAGGUAUUCAGUAGCCUAGGUUCAAUUUUCAUUUUAGGCUCCGUUGCAGUAAAGUUACCUGGAGGUGAUUAUAUUUCAUUGGUUUUCUAUGAUGUGUAUGCUACGUAACACCCCUAAGGACUGAGAGGAAGAUUAACACACCCAAGUAAAACUCUUGUUCAUGAUAUUUGGAUAUGAUUUGUUGCAUAUCAUUUCUUACCACAUGAGGGUGCAUACAAACAGUACGGUCAUUACACAAAAGGGAUAAGUGUAAAAUACCUGAUAGUGGCUUUUAGUGUGACCACAUGCAAAGGUGGACAAGGCUCCUGUUCCUCUAAUAGUUGUAAAAGGGGGACUUUCAGUAGGUGCAGAUACUCUCGUGUCUAGUUGACAAGCUCGACAAGCUGAGGUUCUCAUUUUUACUCCAGGUAUAAGAGCCCAGUCUUCCUUUGUGUCUGGUUAUUAUAAUGACUUUACCAUGUCAAAUAGUAACACUAUCAAAAUUAGCCCUCAAUGUAUGUGAAUAGAUUACAUAUACAAGCAUUAGAUACUCUUUACAGCUUGAUCUUGGACUUGUUUCCAUUGUAGUCCUAAUUAGUUGACUGCAACUCUACAUACAGUUACUUGAAAGUCUGUUAAAAUCAAGGAGAGGGUCUUACACCUUUGUAAAUAAUCUUCAGUUCAGUGUUUUCAGUAUAUGGUGCUUUCUGCUAUCACAUAUUCAGCCCAUUCGGUGUAACAUUUUAAAGGAAAAAUUGAGUUUUUCUGAGCUGAUUUUGUAAUAUCUGCAAGUACUUGGGAGGUUUGUGUAUAAGAGGGAUGGGGAACCUCCGGCCCAUGGAUCAUGUCCAUCUGGCCCAUGGGACUUCCGCUGAGUCUUCUUCCCUCCCCAAGCCCUGCCUCUUCAGGGCAAACAGAGAGAAGAACCAGUGGAAGGAGUUAAUAAUGAGAAUUCCCCUGUAUGCCACUCCUCCUGCCCAUCUGGGAGGAUGAGCAGUAUAUUAUAUGUUUUCCCACUUCUACUCUAUAUCAUUGGCUGUGCAGGUAGGAGCAAAAAACCACAACUCCUGAUGGCUCGAUGUCCUAUUACACAAUGAGUUUCACUAAACAUUAGAGGGAAGAGGGGAUAUUUUCCCAUAAUAACUAAUUCUGCUGUCAGGCUACUGUUAAAGGCACAGGAUGAGAGCCAGUAAAAAUGUGGCCAUGCUUACCCACUUUCAGGCUGAAUUCAGACAUACACAAUUAGAACAGUCAAGCUGCUGUGGAACUACAAUCAUCUGAUUUGGGUCAGAUGUACAAGCUUCCCAACAGCAUCAAACCUGAGAGCAACUAGUUGUGCUAGUUUCCAGCCGAAGCCAUAAACUGAAGGCUUUAACUUUGUGUUUCUACUUCACCCCUAUAAAAUUACCAGGACAGUUCCUAUCCUCCAGAAUUGUGCCAGUCAUAUUUGACCCCCUGAUAGGAGAGGAUGAAUUUCAGUCCCCAAAUAUUCUUUCUACGUUAACUUGCAUAGCAGGAAUGAAAAACAUAAUUUUAUUUCAUUUCAGGGUUUUGAAAGGAAAGGUUAGUGUGUUUCAAACUUAAUUAGAAAGAAGAUGACUAAACCUGAAAUCCUGUACCCACUUACCUGGGAGGAAAUCCCAUUGAACUUAGUUGGACUUACUUCUGAGUGUACAUGUAAAGGAUUGCGCUGUAAGUGGGUAGUUUAAAACUAUGGAUGAUAUGGACAAAGGGAAUGUAAAUUUUCUCCCUUAGCUCUCAUAAUAGAACUCUGGGUCUAAGAAAGUUCAUAAGCAGUAGGCUCAAGCUAGAUAAAAGAACAUACACAUGACACAUCAUUAACUUAUGGAACUAGUUUAGAGCAAUUAAGAAAAAAGUCUAGUAGACAAAUUAGUUACAUUAGCUUUUAUUUGUUUUCAUUUCAGAAAAGAAGCUUGUAUUGUGCGUUGAAGUAAGUGUAGGAGACAAGAGAAUUAACUAUUGCAGAACAGCACAGGAGAUGGUAAAAAAAAAAAGAAAAGUUGACAACUCUACCAAGAACUCUCUUUCCCAUAUUCCUCUCUCUCUUCCUUUUUCCUUCAAUACCAUUCUGGGAAAUUUUGAAUGGCUCUUUAUGGUUGGAAUGAGAUAGAAUGAUUUUUUUCCCCUUCUCAGCAAAAAAGAAACCUUUUUUAAAAAGUUCUUGGUUUCUAAUUAUUAAAUACCUUUAUGUUGAGCCAGCUGAUUUUAUAUAUAUAUUUAGGGGAUUCAGACUGGAUUUGAGGCAACAAAGAGAUUCUAUGUUUGGGUUCUAAUCCAGCUCACUGAAAGAGCCUUCUCUGAAUCAGGUUUUGGGUUUUGAAAAAAGCAACGAUAGUUGCAUUUGCAAUUGUUGGGGUGGGCUAAAUGCAGCCCUCUCUACUCCUCACUGCUGCACACAGUUGCAUGUUUUCUAAAACAGCUUUGUGUGGCAGUUUUGGCAGCUAGAUCCGUGAAGGAAUCACAUGUACAACAUUCAUUUAAAGGCCACAGCUAGACCUAAGGUUUAUCCUGGGAUCAUCCAGGGUUCGCCCCUGCCUGAGCACUGGAUCCCCUGUGUGUCACCUAGAUGAACAGGUUUGACACCUGGAUGGUCCAGGGAUAAACCUUAGGUCUAGCUACGGCCAAACAUGAGGUUCUUCAUCAAACCACAGAAUCCCCCCUUGUUAGAUCACCUGGAUAUGCAGCUUUGAGCACUUGGCAAAUGGGCCUCAGUAGGGCAUUGGCUGUUCCCCGUCCCAUAGCUAGUAACAGGAGAACUCUGCUUGAACAUCCAGGAUUAUAUUACCGACGUUUUAAAUAUUUUCCACUGAUAAUACUUUUUUCUGAUAGCACUUCCUUUCUGGAACAAAGUGAGCUUUUUAAGAAGAAAAAUGAAUGGUUUCUUGGAUGUGUGUUUUGACUAGAUUCUAAAGUCCUUAUUUGAGAACAGAAUCAGCAAAAUGUUUCUGUGUAAAUCAGAGUUGAUUCUGUCUUCAAAAAUGCAAAUGAUUGACACUUGGGAUGAAGUUGAUUUCUUUGAUUUUGCAAAA